UGUUAGGAACCAAACUAACAAUAUGUUAUUUAAGAAGAUUACAUUGGCUCUCUCUCUCUCUCUUUAUUUACCUCGGUUGCUUGCAUGUAAAGAAACCUAAUCUUUCUAUCUAACGCUGUCUACAACUCGCGGUUCCCUGCUAGCUUCUUUGCUCCGUUACUUACAUGUCUUCAAAAGAAUCCAUCCCAACGGCGAAAUCUGAUGAUAAUAAGUUUUGGAAGCUGGAUAUGUUGGCAGAACUUUCGAAAAAGGUAUUAGAAGAAAAAGAGGGAGCCAGUGGCACGGAGAAAUCUUCUUCGACACGACCACCCAAGUGGCUUAUGAUGGUGAUGAUGAAAGAAAAGAACGCACACGAUCCAAAACUGAUCAUAAAGAAGAAACUGCACGCGAGCGAUCUCAGCAAAACACAGUCACGUCUCUCAAUGCCUAUAAACCAACUGCUUAGUUCGGAUUUUUUGACGGACGAGGAGACAACAAUCCUACACGAACCGGCGCCAGAACCGGGGAAAAGUACUCGUACAGAAGGCGGUAAAAAAGGCGUGAGUGUGGUCUUGGUGGAUCCUCUGUCAAAAAGGCAUGAGGUUGAAUUAAGGAGGUGGAAGAUGGGUGAAAAUUGGAACUACGUAGUUGUUGGUGGUUGGAACAAUGUGAUUGACCGUAACGAGUUUAAGGUCGACGACGUCACUGUGAUAUGGUCGUUCCGAUAUGGAGGAGGAAAACUAUGUUUGGCUCUCUCUCCUCUGGUAAGAGAAUCUAAACACUCCGGUCAGAGCAGCUCUCGUCGUUCCUGAUAACACACCACCAGUGCUUAAGUCACAAGUAAGAAGGGUUUGGUUUUCAGUCGAUUAUGGAUUUUCUUUUAUUUUUCUUCCUUUUUCUGUUUUAAAAUAAAACUUGUGGGGGUUUUUACACAAUAAGGUUGAUUUAUUUCUUCUUCAGGUUGUCUUAAUUUUUUUUCGGUUCUUGGACAAGAGCAACUCCUAUGGAGGUUUCUCAACUUAAGUUUCUAAAUCUACAUAAACUACCUGAUACCCAAGAUAACAGGUUCUUGGACACUUAAAAAUCCAAAUUUCAGAAAAUAUCGGUUCUUGAAUGGAUAUUUAUUAACAAAUAGUAAUUGGAAUAACGUGGAAAAUAAGUUAGACCUGAAAAUAAAAUUUCAUAAAAUUAAAUUAAAAUAUGACAAUACCCAUUGAUAUGUGUAAAGUUAAAAUAUGAUCUACUUGUACCCUGUAAAAUAAGUUGGUUAAUCAUAUAUUAACUAGAUUAGGGUUAUAAAUAUUUUUAAAAUGGGUAAUCAGUUUUUUUUAAAAAGAUGUAACUUUAUAACGAUACAAAAUGUUUAUUAUCUCCAUCCUACGACAAAUAAC